CUAAUCUCCUCCGUAGAGCUUUAAGUAAAAGGUCUAUGUCCAAAAACAACAUGGAAACUAUUCCUUCUUUGGAACAUAAACUGAGUGACCCUAAAAGAAAACUCAGCCCAUAUUCAGAUAUUCCGUCCCCAAUGUCCGAAAUGUUGUCCAGAGACUCUGACCUUUCAGAUAGUUCAAAGGUCAAGGUUAGCCUGAUGGCUCCCGUGAUCUUAUCUGACACUGAUGACCCGAAAGGUUCGGGUUCGUCCGGAGCAAAGAAAAGGCAAAGAAAACGACAGAUCAGAUACAAGAAAGAGAGUAAUAAAGAAAGCACAACGCAUUUUGAUGGAGUAACCCA